GCUCGCUGGAUCCGAGUCGCAAUCCAAUUAAAGUUCCAAACGAUCGUCCUCUGUACCGAUCGCGGGAAAACUUUUGUUGAUCGGUGAAGCGACGAUGUCUCUGAGACCGAGCGCGAGGACGGAGGUUCGCCGGAACCGGUACAAGGUAGCGGUCGACGCGGAGGAGGGUCGCCGGAGGCGAGAGGAUAACAUGGUUAAGAUCCGGAAAAACAAGAGGGAGGAAAACUUGCAGAAGAAGCGGCGUGAGGGACUGACGGCGGCGCAGCAAAGUCAAGAGCUCCCGACCUCCCAUUAUUUGAAAACUAAACUAAAAAAUCUGCCAAAUAUGGUAGCUGCAAUUUGGUCAGAGGAUCGUAAUGCACAACUGGUGGCUACAAGUUACAUCCAGAGAUUGCUUUCAAUUGAGCGCAACCCCGCCAUCCAAGAAGUGAUACAAUCUGGCGUUGUUCCUCGCAUUGUGCAGUUUCUUUCAGUGGAUGACUUCCCCAGACUUCAGUUUGAAGCAGCAUGGGCGCUCACCAAUAUUGCUUCAGGGACAUCGGAGAAUACUAAAUCCAUCAUCGAUAACGGGGCUGUCCCACUAUUUGUCAAGCUUCUCAGUUCUCCAAGCGAGGAUGUCCGAGAACAGGCCGUCUGGGCAUUAGGAAACAUUUCCGGGGACUCGCCAAAAUGCCGUGAUAUUGUCCUGGACUAUGGGGGCAUGAUACCACUUCUGGCACUGUUUAAUGAACAUAUGAAACUCUCGGUGCUGAGAAAUGCUACAUGGACGUUAUCAAACUUCUGCAGGGGGAAGCCACAGCCUUCAUUUGAGCAGAUUAAACCGAUUUUACCAGUUCUGGAGCGCCUUGUGCAUUCAAACGAUGAAGAAGUUCUCACAGAUGCAUGUUGGGCUCUAUCAUAUCUGUCGGAUGGUACAAAUGACAAAAUACAAGCUAUUAUCGAAGCAGGGAUUAUCCCCCGGCUCAUUCAACUCUUAGCUCAUCCAUCGUCAACAGUGCUGAUCCCUGCUCUUCGCACGGUUGGAAAUAUCAUAACUGGGGAUGAUAUACAGACUCAGGUAGUUCUUGACAAUGAAAUCCUUCCUCGCCUGGUAAACCUUCUGACAAAUAAGCACAAGAAGUGUAUUAAGAAGGAAGCUUGCUGGACUAUCUCAAACAUUACAGCAGGAAAUGUAAAUCAGAUACAAACGGUGAUUCAGGCCGGAGUUAUUCCGCCUCUUCUCCAGAUGCUCCAAAGUGCAGAAUUCGAAAUAAAGAAGGAAGCCGCAUGGGCAAUCUCCAAUGCCACCUCUGGUGGUACCCAUGAACAAAUCAAGUACCUUGCGAGCCAAGGAUGCAUCAAACCGAUGUGCGAUCUCUUAACUUGUCCGGAUCCGAGGAUCGUAACGGUAUGUCUGGAAGGUAUAGACAACAUACUGAAGGUGGGAGAGGCGGAGAAGUGCAAAGGGAACAACACAGGUGAAGGAGACAAUGUGUACGGGCAAACGGUAGAAGAGGCAGAGGGGCUUGAGAAGAUAGCGAAUCUACAGAGCCACCACAACGACGAGAUUUACAACAAGGCCGUGAAAAUGCUGGAGACUUAUUGGCCGGACGACGAGGAUGGUGUGAGAUCCGUCUUCGAUUUCGGCAACAAAAUCUAAUGUUCCCGCCGGUGGUUUCAACUUUGGUUGAAGGACGAAGAGCAUAACCAGAUUUGUGUCGGACAAUAGGGAACGUGGAGACGUCGAUUUGAUUUUCGGGUAAACUCUUUUUUUCUUUUUCUUUUUUCUGUUUGUGUUGCGAUGUUCCUGUCCAGACAAGGCCGUCACCAACUUCGAUGUUGGGAACUCUGGUCAAUUUUUCUUUGUGUCGUCCUGACGACGGGCGAUUCACUGAACCGGUUCUGUUUCUAAAAGAAAACGAAUUUACGGAAGGUGAAGUAUUUAGAAAAGUAAUAAAAAAUAGCUUAAAAGCUAGGGAGAAAAUUUAGGUCUUUGGAGCGGCAUCUAAGCGUUUACGAAGCUCGUAAAACCGCCACGUAGUUUUGCAACCCUCAGCCUUAAC